AUGACCGUUCGUUUAACGUUUCAGGAGGCUAUGAGCCUCCUGUCUCUGCCCUCCCGAAGUGAAGAUGACGUGAAAGGCAUGAGACGAUUUAUGAGCGUAAGAGCUGCAUGGCUUCCAGGUUCCGAUUUGAAGGCGUCCGAGGAGGUAUCCGUGGUUGUCAAAAACUCCAUAGUGAAUCGUAAUGCUUUCGGUGGCCACGUUUACUGCCAAGCUGGAAUGGCAGCUGCUCAAGCUAUGAGGGAGUCAUCUUAUAUACAAAGAGGAGACCUGAGCCAGUAUGGUAUACACACAAUGCAUGGAUAUUGGUCCGAGAUUGGUAGCACAGACCGUCCAUUUGUCUAUGAGGUGACGCCGCUGUCAGUGUCACCUUUGUUUAUAAACCUUUUAGUCACAGCUCGGCAGCCACUAUCUCCAAGCACAACGGGGUCAGGGGACUACUACACUCCAGCAGAUAUCGAGGUUUCCAUGGGGAAAAUAUGUUUCAGCAGUCUGGUAUCCUUCAGACCACCUGAGAAAACAUAUUACAAACACCAGGAGCCGUCUGUCCAGAGCCGCUUCGCUACGAUCCUCUCAUCCCGCAGUCCCAUGGAAUGGAUCCCCGCGCCGCCACUGGAUAUCGAUUUCUACACCCAAAACACACCACGCAGCCUAGUAGGGAGCUUUCCAGCCCUGGAGAUGCGCAAAGUGGACAUGCGCUCGUUCAACAAUGGCAGGCCCCUGCACGAGCGCCGCGAGCUGAUCUUGUAUCGUCUUCUGGCCCCUCUGCCGCCUGACGAACCGGCGGCACAUGUGAUGGUUCACGCUUACGAGGCCGAUCGGAAUGGGAUCUUGAUGGUUGUCAACCACAUUGGUUGGGGUCAUGAUUUCGGGCGUGUGGCCUCAUUGAGUAAUUCAAUUGUGGUGCAUACUAAUCCAGCAGAUGCCAUCAUGCAAAAUGGAGGCUGGUGGGUGCAAGAGGUCCUUAUUGGUAGAUCAGAUGCUGGAAGAGGGAUGUUGCACAGCAAGAUUUGGGAUCCAAAGGGCCAACAUGUUGCGACUUGCUAUCAAGAUGGAAUCCUCAGAAACAAAGGAGCCAGGAGACAGUUGACGGCAGUACAGAAGCUAUGA